CAUCAUCAUCAUCAUCAUCAUCAUCAUCAUCAUCAUCAUCAUCAUCAUCAUCAUCAUCAUCAUCAUCAUCAUCAUCAUCAUCAUCAUCAUCAUCAUCAUCAUCAUCAUCAUCAUCAUCAUCAUCAUCAUCAUCAUCAUCAUCAUCAUCAUCAUCAUCAUCAUCAUCAUCAUCAUCAUCAUCAUCAUCAUCAUCAUCAUCAUCAUCAUCAUCAUCAUCAUCAUCAUCAUCAUCAUCAUCAUCAUCAUCAUCAUCAUCAUCAUCAUCAUCAUCAUCAUCAUCAUCAUCAUCAUCAUCAUCAUCAUCAUCAUCAUCAUCAUCAUCAUCAUCAUCAUCAUCAUCAUCAUCAUCAUCAUCAUCAUCAUCAUCAUCAUCAUCAUCAUCAUCAUCAUCAUCAUCAUCAUCAUCAUCAUCAUCAUCAUCAUCAUCAUCAUCAUCAUCAUCAUCAUCAUCAUCAUCAUCAUCAUCAUCAUCAUCAUCAUCAUCAUCAUCAUCAUCAUCAUCAUCAUCAUCAUCAUCAUCAUCAUCAUCAUCAUCAUCAUCAUCAUCAUCAUCAUCAUCAUCAUCAUCAUCAUCAUCAUCAUCAUCAUCAUCAUCAUCAUCAUCAUCAUCAUCAUCAUCAUCAUCAUCAUCAUCAUCAUCAUCAUCAUCAUCAUCAUCAUCAUCAUCAUCAUCAUCAUCAUCAUCAUCAUCAUCAUCAUCAUCAUCAUCAUCAUCAUCAUCAUCAUCAUCAUCAUCAUCAUCAUCAUCAUCAUCAUCAUCAUCAUCAUCAUCAUCAUCAUCAUCAUCAUCAUCAUCACAUCAUCAUCAUCAUCAUCAUCAUCAUCAUCAUCAUCAUCAUCAUCAUCAUCAUCAUCAUCAUCAUCAUCAUCAUCAUCAUCAUCAUCAUCAUCAUCAUCAUCAUCAUCAUCAUCAUCAUCAUCAUCAUCAUCAUCAUCAUCAUCAUCAUCAUCAUCAUCAUCAUCAUCAUCAUCAUCAUCAUCAUCAUCAUCAUCAUCAUCAUCAUCAUCAUCAUCAUCAUCAUCAUCAUCAUCAUCAUCAUCAUCAUCAUCAUCAUCAUCAUCAUCAUCAUCAUCAUCAUCAUCAUCAUCAUCAUCAUCAUCAUCAUCAUCAUCAUCAUCAUCAUCAUCAUCAUCAUCAUCAUCAUCAUCAUCAUCAUCAUCAUCAUCAUCAUCAUCAUCAUCAUCAUCAUCAUCAUCAUCAUCAUCAUCAUCAUCAUCAUCAUCAUCAUCAUCAUCAUCAUCAUCAUCAUCAUCAUCAUCAUCAUCAUCAUCAUCAUCAUCAUCAUCAUCAUCAUCAUCAUCAUCAUCAUCAUCAUCAUCAUCAUCAUCAUCAUCAUCAUCAUCAUCAUCAUCAUCAUCAUCAUCAUCAUCAUCAUCAUCAUCAUCAUCAUCAUCAUCAUCAUCAUCAUCAUCAUCAUCAUCAUCAUCAUCAUCAUCAUCAUCAUCAUCAUCAUCAUCAUCAUCAUCAUCAUCAUCAUCAUCAUCAUCAUCAUCAUCAUCAUCAUCAUCAUCAUCAUCAUCAUCAUCAUCAUCAUCAUCAUCAUCAUCAUCAUCAUCAUCAUCAUCAUCAUCAUCAUCAUCAUCAUCAUCAUCAUCAUCAUCAUCAUCAUCAUCAUCAUCAUCAUCAUCAUCAUCAUCAUCAUCAUCAUCAUCAUCAUCAUCAUCAUCAUCAUCAUCAUCAUCAUCAUCAUCAUCAUCAUCAUCAUCAUCAUCAUCAUCAUCAUCAUCAUCAUCAUCAUCAUCAUCAUCAUCAUCAUCAUCAUCAUCAUCAUCAUCAUCAUCAUCAUCAUCAUCAUCAUCAUCAUCAUCAUCAUCAUCAUCAUCAUCAUCAUCAUCAUCAUCAUCAUCAUCAUCAUCAUCAUCAUCAUCAUCAUCAUCAUCAUCAUCAUCAUCAUCAUCAUCAUCAUCAUCAUCAUCAUCAUCAUCAUCAUCAUCAUCAUCAUCAUCAUCAUCAUCAUCAUCAUCAUCAUCAUCAUCAUCAUCAUCAUCAUCAUCAUCAUCAUCAUCAUCAUCAUCAUCAUCAUCAUCAUCAUCAUCAUCAUCAUCAUCAUCAUCAUCAUCAUCAUCAUCAUCAUCAUCAUCAUCAUCAUCAUCAUCAUCAUCAUCAUCAUCAUCAUCAUCAUCAUCAUCAUCAUCAUCAUCAUCAUCAUCAUCAUCAUCAUCAUCAUCAUCAUCAUCAUCAUCAUCAUCAUCAUCAUCAUCAUCAUCAUCAUCAUCAUCAUCAUCAUCAUCAUCAUCAUCAUCAUCAUCAUCAUCAUCAUCAUCAUCAUCAUCAUCAUCAUCAUCAUCAUCAUCAUCAUCAUCAUCAUCAUCAUCAUCAUCAUCAUCAUCAUCAUCAUCAUCAUCAUCAUCAUCAUCAUCAUCAUCAUCAUCAUCAUCAUCAUCAUCAUCAUCAUCAUCAUCAUCAUCAUCAUCAUCAUCAUCAUCAUCAUCAUCAUCAUCAUCAUCAUCAUCAUCAUCAUCAUCAUCAUCAUCAUCAUCAUCAUCAUCAUCAUCAUCAUCAUCAUCAUCAUCAUCAUCAUCAUCAUCAUCAUCAUCAUCAUCAUCAUCAUCAUCAUCAUCAUCAUCAUCAUCAUCAUCAUCAUCAUCAUCAUCAUCAUCAUCAUCAUCAUCAUCAUCAUCAUCAUCAUCAUCAUCAUCAUCAUCAUCAUCAUCAUCAUCAUCAUCAUCAUCAUCAUCAUCAUCAUCAUCAUCAUCAUCAUCAUCAUCAUCAUCAUCAUCAUCAUCAUCAUCAUCAUCAUCAUCAUCAUCAUCAUCAUCAUCAUCAUCAUCAUCAUCAUCAUCAUCAUCAUCAUCAUCAUCAUCAUCAUCAUCAUCAUCAUCAUCAUCAUCAUCAUCAUCAUCAUCAUCAUCAUCAUCAUCAGGCUUUACUCUAA